CUAAAGGUGGCCAAAAGAACCUGUUUUCUUCUCCCUUGUACAAUACAGAGCUCUUGUAGUGGAAGGACGGGCGUUGCUGUUUGACCUGUCAGACAUUGCUCCGGGUUCCUUCACCCACAAUAAACGCGGGAGAUUUUUCCUGCAGCGUGGCAGUGAUCUGUUAGUGUUUGUGUUCGCUGCUUCCUGUCCUCGUUUCACCAUGGAAGAAAACAAGAUGCCGGACCUGUUAAAUGGUGGCACAACCCGGAAAAGGGAAGACUACCUGGAAUGGCCAGAGUACUUCAUGGCUGUAGCCUUUCUGUCAGCACAAAGAAGCAAAGACCCAAGUUCACAGGUGGGAGCAUGCAUAGUGAGCCAGGAGAACAAGAUUGUUGGCAUUGGUUACAACGGUAUGCCCAACGGCUGUGAUGACAACCUGUUACCUUGGUCUCGUUCUGCUGAUGAUCGGCUUAACACCAAAUACCCUUAUGUGUGUCAUGCAGAACUGAACGCCAUCAUGAACAAGAACAGUGCUGACGUGAAAGGGUGCACCAUGUAUGUGGCUUUGUUCCCAUGCAACGAGUGUGCCAAACUUAUCAUCCAGGCAGGUCUGAAAGAAGUGGUGUAUCAUUCCGACAAGUACCAUGAUACGCCUGAGAUGGUUGCUUCCAGAAGGCUGCUCGGCAUGGCUGGAGUACAGUACAGGCAGUUUAAGCCCAGAAGGCCUGAGAUUGUUAUUGAUUUUAAUUCCAUUAACCACCGGGGAAAUCCUGGACCAUGCCACCAAAUGAAAACCCAGGAGGGGGGUUGCUGAAUGAAGCAGACGAAGAAAGAAGAGUUUCUGCAGUCGCUUCCUUGAACAACUGAAAAUGUUUGGUGUGGAGCAGUUAAAUCUAUGGUGUUUCUCCUCACAGUCAUGUCAAUAGUAUUUAGGAUUUUAUUUCAGUGUUGAGUCUGAGUAUAAUGACUACUUUUCAGUUCUUACAUGUUGGGAUUUUUUUUCAUGUCUCUUUCAUGGACAUUCCAGCUUUGUGUAAAUGUAAGCUUUUAUUUCUUGACCCACAGCCUUAGGGUAGUUCGAUUUUUAGUGGUUGUAAAUAUGCUUAAUGCUGGAUAUUAUUGCUACUGUGGGUCAAUCUGGACUGUUACAGAUUUGGAAGUUCCUCCGUUCUGUUUACAGGAGGGUUCCAAACCCAGUUACACAGUUCCUCCUUCAACUAUGUCAGCCGUCUGUGCCUCCCAGUGUAAUAAAAACGGGAUAACAAAA